AUGGUUGAUCGGACUGUUUCUGUGGCAACUGAGGCGUCGGUUUUCUUUUGGAUCGAGUCUAAAUUGUGGACAUUGGAAGCAAAACAUAUAUUUGACAAAGAAACAGUUGUAACCUUGGCUUCUGUUGAAGGUAAAAUGACAUUUUACGAGAGUGCAGCCACUAUUUUUUGUAGUAUUGAAGCCAAGGUUGUGAGUUUGAGAAGUAUCAGAAAGAGUGAUUCAACUCCACUUAGAUGGUCUUGGAGAAAUACCAGAAAGAGGCUGCUCCUCUCAAUCACUCUUGAUAUUAAACAGAAUACUAUUUCAUUAAGGUUCUCUUAUUGCUUCAAUCAUGGGAAAUUGAUCAGGCUUGAUGUUAACAGCUGGAGUCAGAAAUUGAGAAUAGGUAGAUACUCACAGCACUUCGUGGAUCUACUGAUAAUGGACGAAACACCAGUUCAAUAUCUUCUCCGUCUUCAUCCAGAGCAAGAGGGACUCAGUAAGCAGGAGGCAGUUCGUGCAAAGCUUGGAAAGUUUGGGCUCCCCAGCCAUAACCACCUCACACCAAUUGCUAAAUUGUCCGGAGGGCAGAAAGCACGGGUGGUUUUCACUUCCAUUUCCAUGUCUAAGCCACACAUUCUGCUCUUAGACGAGCCGACAAAUCAUUUAGAUAUGCAGAGCAUUGAUGCACUGGCUGAUGCACUUGAUGAGUUUACUGGCGGAGUUGUGCUAGUCAGUCAUGAUUCUAGGCUUAUAUCACGUGUUUGUGAUGAUGAAGAAAGAAGUGAAAUAUGGCUGGGGGAGAAUGGCACGGUUGAGACUUUCCCAGGCUCAUUUGAGGAGUACAAGGAGGAGCUUAUCAAGGAGAUCAGAAAGGAGGUUGAUGAUUGA